AUGCAUGUUAUGAAUUGUGUCUCCGUGGUCAGUGAUAAAGACAACGGGAAUGUCGCCCCAGCUGCUGGAUUAAUGAUCGGGCACACGCCACCCGCAGCGUCUCCUCCACCUCCUCCUCCGCCCCCUCCACCCCCAGGGCUCGCGGCGCCCCCGCCCCCUCCAGGACUGCCCCCACCUUCUCAUGUGAACGGAUACAGUCCCCUGGAGAAGAAGAAGCGAAUGAGGAGCUUCUUUUGGAAAACCAUUCCAGAGGAGCAAGUUCGUGGCAAAACCAACAUCUGGACUUUGGCAGCCAGGCAGCGGCAUCACUAUGAGAUCGACGCCAAGUCCAUUGAGGAGCUGUUUGGGCAGCAAGAAGAUACCACCACCAAGGCUCCCGUUUCUAAGAGAGGAGGCGCUCUAAAGGCAUCCUUCAGGGAGCCUCGCGAAGAGAUUACUGUCCUGGAUGCAAAGCGGAACAUGAACAUUGGGAUAUUCCUUAAACAGUUUAAGAAGUCUCCUCAGUCCAUUGUAGAAGAUAUCCAUCAGGGAAACAAUGAGCACUACGGAUCAGAGACGUUGCAAGAGUUUCUCAAGCUUUUGCCAGAGCCAGAAGAGAUAAAGAAAUUAAAAGCUUUUACUGGAGAUGUGUCCAAACUGUCGCUGGCAGACUCCUUUCUGCACUACUUAAUUCAGGUGCCAAAUUACUCACUUCGGAUUGAAGCCAUGGUGCUACGGAAGGAAUUUGUACCUUCUUGUUCUUCUUUAUACACAGACAUAACAAUUUUAAGAACUGCUACGAAAGAGUUGAUGUCGUGUGAGGAGCUGCAUUCUAUAUUACAUUUGGUGCUCCAGGCUGGAAAUAUCAUGAAUGCAGGAGGGUAUGCUGGCAAUGCCGUGGGAUUUAAACUGUCUUCUUUACUCAAAUUGGCAGACACAAAAGCUAACAAACCAGGGAUGAAUCUUCUGCACUUUGUGGCACAGGAGGCUCAAAAGAAAGAUACCAUUCUUCUAAAUUUUUCGGAAAAAUUGUAUCACGUGCAGGAGGCUGCUAGAUUAUCUCUGGAUAGCACAGAGGCAGAGCUGCACUCGCUGACUGUCAGGACGAGAUCGCUCCGGGAAAACAUCCAGCGAGACAGAGAACUUUGUCAGCAGAUGGAAGCUUUCCUUCAGUUUGCUUUGGAAAAGCUGUCUGAACUGGAGCACUGGAAACUGGAGCUGCAGGACGAGGCUCACACCCUUAUAGAUUUUUUCUGUGAAGACAAAGAAACCAUGAAACUGGAUGAAUGUCUGCAGAUAUUCAGAGACUUUUGUACCAAAUUCAACAAGGCAGUUAAGGACAACCAGGACCGGGAGGUGAAGGAGCUGAGGCAGCAGCGGCGGCAGAGAGAGCUCGAACAGAAGCGGUGUUCCUGGGCGGAGGGCGAGCUUGGGGGCUUUGGGCGGAGCAGUAGUGAGAAUGAUGUGCAGCUGCUGACCAAGAAGGGUGCGGAGGAUCUGCCCCCUUUCCUGUACUCUAGGCCCAUCAGCCCCUCCUACCGGCCCCCCAACACCCGCCGCUCCCGCCUCUCCCUGGGCGCCACUGCUGACCGGGAGCUGCUGACCUUCCUGGAGGGCUCCACUGACAGCUCCGAGGACCUCACCAAGUUCAACAGCCUGCCCCGGAGAAGCCCCCGGCAGGCCCGGCCUACAGUAGCCUGGAUAGAGCCUGAAAACUCCCAGUCCGACCUUACGCACGGACCUCAGGCUGUAGAGGGCCAAGUGGAAGCCUCCAGCCCAUCCUCAGUGUGGCAGUGCCAGCUUGCAGCCCCCCGGCCUGAGGAUUUUGCCUUUCCCCGAGUGAGGCGCCGCGUCAGCAUCCUUCGAAAGAGGAACAGUGAACCUGUGGGCCUGCACCCGGGCCGGUCUCCUCCGCACUCACCACUGACUCUGGAGAUUAAGGAGCAUGAGCUGGUGACGGGGCUAACCCAGUUCGACCUGCAGGGAUCUAGGAGCCCAGUGGAGGUGCCCCAGCUGGUCCUGAAUGAUGUCAGCCCCGUGAAACUAGCACCUCUGCAGGAGGGUAGUCUCCAGUCCCCGGAUACCAGUGAUCCAAGUCUCAUUCCCUGUAGUCCAGAUUCCCGGGAAGGCCUUGAUCCAGCCCUGGAAGAUGGCAGAACGGCCUCAGACCAACAACCCAGCAGCGAGGCUUUGGUGUCUGUGGGUAGCAGUGACCUUGAACACAAGGAGGCGGGGCCUUUGCUGUAUAUCUCAGACACCACUGACUGCUCCCUGACCCUGGACUGCUCGGAGACUGACUCCAGGCCUGGGACUCAGGAGCCGGAAGAGAGUGGGGACAAGGACGGCUCUGUGUCUUCUGGAGCUGGGGAGACAGGGACCAGCCAGAUCUCCUCCAACCCUGCCUCCAGCCCUCCCGAGGAGGCCCCCACUCUGGUUUCCCAGAAGAGUGAGCCCCCCUCCAAGAAUGUGCUUCCCAAGGACAGAGCCACCAAAAGUAAGGAUGUGAUAGUACCAAAGAGAAGUUCCUUCAAGGAGUCGGCCCCGGAGACCUCCAAGCCCAGCGGCACCCGGAGGAGCCUGGGGUCCACGUCAGGGUCGCCGUCCAAGCCUGUGCGGACCUUGCACGCCUCUGAGAACGAGACUAUGCGCAAGGUCCUGCCCAUCUCCAAGUCCAGCAGGGGCACUAGGGGCUGGAGUCGGCCCGAGCCAUCCCGGGUAGCACCCCGAGAGACCCCCAGCACAGAGACUCUUCUAUCUCGCCGGAACUCCAUGCGAGGGACCUUGGACACCUCGCCCAGGCGGCAGUCCACGGGCUCCACGGCAGGUCUGCGCGAGGAGCAGAAAUCCCAGCGGGUUGGCAGCAGCCCCAGUGGCACCCGGCGGGUGAAGGAGCCCACCUUGCCACCCCGGAGCUCUUUCAAGAAGCCCAGCGCCAAACCCCUCAGGAACGUGCCCAGGCUGAAGCCGGAGGAAAACAAGAGCUGCUGCUCCAACCCUCAGGGCACCGAGAGCCCUGAAGAAGAGUCCAAGACACCACCACCGGUCCCCAGUCUCCCCCGGGCCCCGGCUCCCAUCCCCAGCUUCGCUCGAAGCACAGUGGCCUCCUCUUCACGGUACAUGAGAACUGACACGCCUCUUGGUACCAAAGCCCCUGGCCUCACCCGGGCAGUCUCACAGCGGCAGCUGAGGGUCAAGGGCGGUCCUGAGGACAGUUCCCCCAAAGACAGCCCUUUGCGGCGGGCCAGUAGUGCCCGCACUCAUAAGAAGGGCCCAGAGUCGCCCGAGGGGAACAGUGUCAGCGCAGAGGCACCUCUGAAGGGCAGGGGGUCCGGGGAGAGGGCCUCCUUCAGACAGAAAGACUCAAAGAGGACCACACUAGGGAAGAUACUGAACCCCUUGCGGAAAUGA